AUGGCAAAUUUAAGAAAAAGGAUAGAAGCUUUACAUGAAAUGUUUAUCUCAGAAAAGUUAUACAUUGACGACAUGAUUCUUUGGGAAUCUGAGUUUAGAAAGUGUAUACUUAAUUUCUCAUUUCUCAGCCCAAAAGUGAAAUAUGAAAUUUGUGACACUGUUUUUAUAAACAUGCAUGAAAUUAGACUUAAGCAUGAAGAGAUUUUUAAUGAAAUGAAAAAAAGAAAUUUAGAAGUUCGUAAAGAAAUGGAUCCAUAUUUUUAUGUACAAGACGAAAAUGCUUUCUGUAUUGACAAAUCUAAAUAUGAUGAUCCUAGUAUUUUAAAAUUGGAAUAUGCUACUAUAUUCUACAAGUACAUGGAGUUUAUUAAUUUUUAUGAGAGAUAUUUUUCACGACUUCCUAAGGCGGAAUAUGAAUUAGAAAGAGUGUGUCAUUACAGUCCAGAAUUUAAACAAGGAUUACAUAACUUCCUUGCACAAAAUAAAAUUGAAUAUUUAGGCGUCAGAAAUUUUUUGUACAGGCCUAGUACUAAACUUUCAAGACUUCCUUUACUUUUAAAAGCAAUAUUUAAAAAUGAAGGAAAUGACGAGUUUAAAGCUCAAUAUGAGUUAUUAAUAGACAAAUUGAAGCAAGUAACAUUGAAAGUAGAUAAUUUAUUUAAAUUUUAUAGCGGACAAUUUAAAAUUUACAGAUUAAGUCAAUCAUUACAGUAUGUUGAUGGACUUCAAAAUCCGUUAGCUUUAGGAUUAUUUCAAAAAAAAAGAGCUUUACUUAAAGAAGGGGAGUUUUUAAUUAAAUCUGAGAUCUGGGCAUCACCAAUAAUCUCUAAAAUUUAUUUUUUUGAUCAUUGUAUUCUAUUUUGUGAAAGCUCGAAAGGACAAUUUAGUACUCAAAAAAUAUUAUUAGAUCCUCUCUUUUUAGAAAGAUUAUUAUUUUUUGAUAUAAAUGUAGGAUUUAAUAAAUUAGAAGGAGAUGAAGAUAAAUACUUUCCUCUUUUUUUAUUAGAAACAUCUGAAAACAAUUUAAUAACAAUUUUAUUUGAAGAUUUUGAUGUUCGAAAAAUUUAUAUUAGUAUAUUAUCAGAUGCUUUGUUAUCAAUCAAAAAAAAUUAUUGUACAAAUUUAAAGCUUACAAAAAUUAAUAUUAACCUUCAGAAUAUUUUGUCGGCGUGUCAAACCAGUAAAUUUAUUUUUGCUGAAAUGAGCGAAUCGAUGAGUGAUUUAGAAUCUACUAGUGAACAAAAUGAAAAUGAAACAGACGUAGAUGUUAUUACAAAUGAAAAAUUAUUUAAAUUAAAAGAAUUUCGAUGCGCAGUGAAAGAAUAUACAAAAAAAAUAGAGAAACAUUUCUUAAGCAGUGAGCCUUUAUUCAAAAGUUUUACUACUUUUAGGUCACAGAACAAAAUUCUAGAAGAAGGCAGUGAUGAUUCAGAUGAAGGUGCUAUUGAACAAACUUCUUGGAUAAAAAAGCUCUGUUAUGGACAAGAGACAUUUUCGCAUGUUUUAAAUGAAAAUUUAGAAGAUCACACUGAUGAUUUUGAAUAUAUAAAAAAUCAAGAAGACAUGCUAAUAGCUUCCACUAAAAAUGGUAUUUUUAAAAUAUUAGGAAAUGAUAAAAAAAUGAUUUAUCAAGGGAUUACAAAAAAAGUAUUAUAUGAUUCGCAAUAUGAAAUUCUUAUGUUUCAAUCUGGCUCAACAUUGUGUAUCUGUAAUUUUAAUAAUACAAUGAAUAGCAUCAAACCUUUUUCUAUUAAAAAAAAUAUUGGAGAUUUUUUUUAUGGAACAAACACUAGAGGAUCAUUUAUAGCAACAAGAAAUUACGGUAGUAGUAAAUCCAGUUUAAUUUAUUUAUUUCAAGUUGCAAAAGAAGAUAAAAAAGUUAAAUUAGAUUUAUCUCGAAAAUUAUAUGUAGGAUUUAGAGUGUAUAAUAUAAUAUUUUGUCCAACUAAAAUAGUUAUAGCUUGUAAAGAUUUUGAGAUAGUUGAUAUGGAGACAUUAAAAACGGAAGAUUUUUUAGAGUUAUACAAUCCAUGUGUUCCUAUGUUGCUAUCAAUGAUACCCAGUUCAAAAGCCAGAUCAGUUUUUACAGUAGAUUAUGAUACGUUUAUUGUGUGUUUCGAUUCAAUAGGAUUCUAUGUAGACAAACUAGGAAGAGUAAAAAACACGAAUAUAAUAUUUUUAUGGAAAAGUAUGCCGGUAGAUUUUAAAAUUUAUUAUAAAAAGCUUAUUGUCAUUUCUAAAAGUUGGGUUGAUGUAUAUGACAUAACAACAGGGUGUGUUAUUUUUAGUGAACAAGUAAAUGGACUAAAGUUCGUACUUGGAACACAUGAAGUUGUUUUACAUAACGAGAAAGAAUUUUAUAAAUUAGAAAUAUAA